CAAAGCAAAACCCAAGAAAUUAUUCUGUGUAUUAUAAUUAUUGGAGUACUUUUACCAUUAUCAUACUUGAAUAAGACUGGUAUUACUUAAUAACAAUCUUUGCAUUAAGAAGUGACAAAAUAAACUUUUGAGACUCAGAUUUGUCAGAAAACAAUGUUUGAAUUCAAGAAUAUUUCCGAAUAUCUGAACUAAAAUUUAAUCCAUUUAACGAAAUUCAGUUGAAAAGACGUCAUUAAAUAAUACAAUGAAGAAAUGUCAGUGACACUUCAGCUGAUUAUGAAACUCAAUUUUAAUUAAUUUCAGCAGUAGAGUGACAGGACUUUGAGAAAACAUUCGCAUACUGUUAAUGCAGAAAUGUUCUUAGGGCCAUUUGCAAAAAAGAUAUUUUAAACAGCACUCUACAACUGUACGUGGUACAAACAGUUUGAAUGCUCCUGAUCUUGCGCGUGAUCGACAAUGUCGCGGGUCGUGAGACACGCCGGGCUUGAUGCACAGCAAUGACUGCAUUGUUGAAUGAACUGGAGCACAUCAAUAGUUUCAACGGUACGCAUUCGUUCCAGGAUUUCACAACAAUGCCUUCUUACGUGAACGUCCGCAAUCCCAUGGGCAGAAUGCACCCGCCUCAUCCACGACCAACAGUGUCUCUGGAUCCCCGUCCGGUGGUUAUUCCAAUCCUGUCUUCUGUGAUCGGGUUUCCUAUCGUCGUGUUUGCUCUCAUUUGUGCACUCCGCCACAGGGCAAUGAAGCUGCGACGCAGGGAUCAACUCAAGAAGCUGCAGUCGGGGAUUCGAUCUGUCACGCUGGAUAUCCCUCCCAGGGAGAAGAUAUCCUUCUUCUCCGGGGGUUCCUCUCCGGAAAUCUCCAUGAAAGAUGUCGGCGACAGGAUGGAAUCAACUCAGACGACUUUCGCUGGCGCCACGACAUCCCUCGGCCCCAAAUCUUCCAUCCUGCAAACUACUACCAGGAGGAACACAUCCACGUCCAAGAAUAACAAUCACGUGAAGUUCGUCACUCCCGCUUCUACACUGGAAGCUUCCCAUACAAUGAAAGUGGAUGUGGUGCUGCACCAGAUUGCCACCUGCGCUGCCGAAUCCAUAGGAGCAGAUAUCCGUUGCAAGUCCUGGCACAACGGAGAGUCACCACCCCUUCAGAGAAUCGAAACUGGGAUUGAACUGGAAUCCGAAUCUCCUAAAGCAGAAUCGCCAAGAUAGCGUUGUGCAAACUCUUCGAAAUAUUUUUAAUGAGGCUGCUGCGAGUUCGUUGCUAUUUCUGAUGAAAUCAAGCCCAUUUAUGAUGAGUAUUCAAAUAGUAUUAGAUUUUCAGGAAUCUGGUAAAUGCAAAUUUUAUGGAACGUAUGAGACUUUGCUUUUAUUUGGAAGCAAAUACGUGAAAAUCCAUAACAUUUUUCAUUCACAUCCAGACUUCGCCCUGACAAACAGCAAUGGUUUGCACAGUUUUGACGCAUAAAAGUUGUUUUAUAUUGCAAUGAGACUUCCAAGGCAAGAUGAAAGCUGCAUUAAAUAUACAUAUUUAUAUAUUAUUUCACAUUUCUGUUCUUUAGCAAGCACGUUAAAAUGCUUAUGCCUUUUUAAGUAAUCACAUAAAUCAUUAAAGCCAAAAAAAAUAAUAAUAGCAUUCAUCAUGAAUGCCAAUUACAAGAGUCAUAAAUGGACAUAUAUGAUCUAUUUUUGUGGUAUCUUUAACUCUUAAUUAUAAAAAAAAUAUUUGCUUUUAUAAAAUACUUCUCAUCUAAAGCGUAGUUGCCAGUUUUGCACGCCGUUCUUUACAACAGGGUGUUAUUUUGAAAAAUGAAUACUAUUUCUUAUGUUAUAAUAUUAUUAUGUAUGAACGUAAAUACUGUUUAAUGAAUUUUAAUUAAACUCUAAAAAAUUGCUGUCAUUUCUACAUGCUGAUCAUCAAAGGAAUUUCCUUAUUAUAAAACCAUGAAGCUUCAUAAAAAACAUAUUGCUGUAAUUAGCACAUAAUGAUAAAUUUAGUACUUUUUAUCUUAUUAAGAAUACAUAAAAAAUUAUCUUGCAUAGAAGUUUACUAAUAAGUGCACAAGAAGACACUUUAUUUAUAUGACAAUAAUAUCCAAAUCAGAAUUGCAUUAAUUAUUUUGCAAUUAAUUUGACAAAAAUGCCUAGUUGCCUUCAGCUACCUUAUCUUCAAAAGAAUGGGGCAGUAGAGUGAUUAAGGGAGAUUAAUGAGAAGUUUAAUUGCAAGCAUAAUGCAUUCAUGUCAUUAUAAAAGUGCAUAAAAAUUCAAAAAUAAAAUAAGCCCAGAGAAAUCUAAAA